UAGCAAAUGUUGACAGUGACGCUACUUCCGCUUUUAUGUACGUGGUAAUGUCAAGACGCUAGCUGAAAAGAAAACGAACAUGGAGGAGAUCGGGGUGAUUGUUGAAAAAGCUCAGGACGAGGUGCCUGCCAUGCUCACCUCAAGGCCGCAGACUGGCCUUUCCUUUUUGGCCCCCGAACCCGAGGACCUGGAGGACUUAUACAGCAGAUACAAGAAGUUGCAGCAGGAGCUGGAGUUCCUGGAGGUGCAGGAGGAGUACAUCAAAGAUGAGCAGAAGAACCUGAAGAAGGAGUUCCUGCACGCCCAGGAGGAGGUGAAGAGAAUACAGAGCAUCCCCCUGGUCAUCGGCCAGUUCCUGGAGGCUGUGGACCAGAAUACUGCCAUCGUCGGCUCCACUACAGGCUCAAACUACUACGUGCGGAUCCUGAGCACCAUCGACCGGGAGCUGCUGAAGCCCAACGCCUCAGUGGCCCUGCACAAGCACAGCAACGCCCUGGUGGACGUGCUGCCCCCCGAGGCUGACAGCAGCAUCAUGAUGCUCACCGCAGACCAGAAGCCGGACGUCAUGUACGCUGAUAUUGGGGGGAUGGACAUCCAGAAGCAGGAAGUUAGAGAAGCGGUGGAACUCCCUCUUACACACUUUGAGCUCUACAAACAGAUCGGUAUUGACCCCCCCAGGGGUGUGUUGAUGUACGGCCCUCCGGGCUGUGGGAAGACCAUGCUGGCCAAGGCUGUGGCACAUCACACUACAGCCGCGUUCAUUCGUGUGGUGGGGUCAGAGUUUGUGCAGAAGUAUCUGGGGGAGGGGCCCCGCAUGGUGCGUGAUGUCUUCCGGCUGGCCAAGGAGAAUGCCCCCGCCAUCAUCUUCAUCGACGAGAUCGACGCCAUCGCCACCAAGCGCUUCGACGCACAGACCGGAGCUGAUAGAGAGGUUCAGAGGAUCCUGCUGGAGCUGCUGAACCAGAUGGACGGUUUUGACCAGAACGUCAAUGUGAAGGUGAUCAUGGCCACCAACCGGGCUGACACCCUGGACCCGGCGCUGCUGCGGCCCGGUCGUCUCGACCGUAAGAUCGAGUUCCCGCUGCCCGACCGCAGGCAGAAGCGCCUGGUCUUCUCCACCAUCACCAGCAAGAUGAACCUGUCUGAGGAAGUGGACCUGGAGGACUACGUUGCCCGGCCAGACAAGAUCUCGGGAGCCGACAUCAACUCCAUCUGCCAGGAGGCUGGCAUGCUGGCGGUGAGGGAGAACCGCUACAUCGUGCUGGCCAAGGACUUUGAGAAGGCCUACAAGACCGUCAUCAAGAAGGACGAACAGGAGCACGAGUUCUACAAGUAGCCAGGGCACCGGAGCCCCUCGGUCACCACUUACUACUCUGUUUGUUUUGUUCGCAUUUUGUGUUUUCAUUACAUGUCUGUGCCUGCAGUGCAUUGUGGGUGGCUGACAGACUGCCGCCUACUCUCAUCCAUCUGGGACUGUUAUCCAAUCGGCUUGGCAGCCCUUCUGUGCACACACACACACACACACACGCGCACACGAGCACAACCACCCUGAGGAAGGGCUGUCCGUUUUGCUGUCUCGGUGGGGUGGGGGGUGUUUCCACCUGUGUGUGUGUAAUGGGUCUACUACUGCCCUUAAAAUUGAACCAUUAAAUCUGUUUUCCAAAAAAAGAAA